AUGUGGUACCUUGAAGCGGCAUUUAAGAUCGUGCAUAUAGUAGCAACUAUCCAAGAUACAAACAAUCAGUCAUAUCAUAAGCUGGUGCGACUAUCGUUCUCCAGAGUAUGGUACCAAGAAGCUCUAACACGUUUCCCUCUGGCUGAAGACGAAACUGACGGAGAAGGCGAUAUUGACAUCGAUAGUAGUGACGAAGAUAGUGAAGACGAUUUUUUCAAUAUAUUUCUUACUACAAACAAUACUGUCAAUGGCGUACUUAGAGGGGGCGUUCUGCCCUUCAUAGACCCCCAAGUCUGCCAUCCAUCCCAGAUGGACCAAGCCAUGCAGCCAGAAACUAGGUUGGUAAAAUGUCCAGUGUUCAGAUGUACAAGUAAUUCUAUAUAUAAUUAA